CUGUGGGCUGGGAGGCGGGGCACUUUCCUGAGCCCCGCGGCCUGGUGUCAGAGGAACAAUGCUUGUUUAGAAAGAAAACAAACCUCACAAAAACCGUGAAAAUUGAGCGUAAGCGAAAAGCUCGUGUUGGACACUGUGAGGUGAGGGCAAGUCGCGAAGCGGGCGGAAGCGUGCGCCGGCCAUGGCGGCGGGGGGCGGCGGGCCCCUCUGUGCGGGCCGAGCAGCAGUAACAGGGGAUCGCGUGUUUGUCUGGUGUGUCCGCCAGCGCUGGACGCCGUAAAAGGAACUGAAGAACAGGCCACUGCUUUUCCUUGGGGAUCAUGAACACCCGGCAGCAAAGCAAAGUGAUCUACUCCUGGUAUGGAGAACCCACGAUCUCAGACAGAAAACUGAGGACUUUACAGUACAAGGGAAUCGUUCUUACCUCAGAAAGAAGCAGAACAGAAACCUGUAUACAGCUUGGUGACUUUAUUUUAGUAGAAGGGGAGAAUGCAAAUCAACCUUUUGUGGCACAGCUCCUGGAUUUAUAUGAAGAUGGUGCUCAGGAGAAGCAUGCAGUUGUGCAGUGGUUCUGUCAUAUUACAGAGAUACCUCAGAACAAACGGAAGUUGAUUAAAAGAGAGAUUUCUCCCCAAGAGGUGUUUUUUGAUCAAGUUUCUGGCUAUGAUACUGAUAUAGCUGUGGAGACCAUCAUUAAAAGUGUCAUGGUAAUACCGCUACAUCUGGGGGAGGAGCUGCCUGUUAAAAUAAGCAAUGAACAAACUUUCUAUGUCAAACAGACUUGGGAUGGAAAAUGCUUUAAGGCUUUGUCCCCUGACACUUUCUCUAAGCUGAAGAAAGAUAAUAAGAAAGGAGGUGGCAUCCCAAACUCUUUCAACUCAUUUAUUCCUUUGGACAUUGUUUCUCCCCUGAAAAAAGAGACGGAGAGAGCUGUUCAGAGUGCCACAAAAGCAAAAAAUGUUGAGCUGGAAAUAGAAUCAAAACAUUCUGCUUCCAAGUUCUCCCUCGCUAAGGAAAGGCAUUCACAAAGAGUGGCUAAUGACAUCAAAACUCCCACAGCAAGGAAGAAGUUACAGUUGAACAGUCCCACAAGGUCUCCUAAAAGCAGGCUCCUGGGAUGUGAAGUUUUGGAACUUUUGGAUGACGACUGUGAUGAUAUAGCACUGUUAGAACCAUCAGCUACUAAGAGAAAAGUGAAAUUCACUGGCAUUUUAGGCUCACCACCGAAAAUGCGUUGUGCCAAUGAUAAGUCCAAGUCACUGUUUGAUACAGCAGAGCAUGGGCAGAGGCUUAAUGACGUGAUACGAUUAUCACCCUAUAGUAAGAGCAGAUAUUCCAGUGAGAAAGCCAGGAGCCUUGACAUGAAAGAUGACACUGUGUUUUUAAGUGGACAUCAGGAACUAGAUGGUGAGAGCCUUGUAUUGACCCCUCGUUCUCGCAGAGCGUGUGCCCAGAAAACAAGUGCUCGCAUCGCAGAGCAAGUCAGCAUAUUAAAUACCCUGGAGUCAAAAGAGAAAGAGGAUUUUCAGUCUAGUUCAGACAGCUCUUACUCUUCGAGCAGUGAGGAGGAGGAUGAGCUCUGUACACCAGAAAAGAAAAACAAAUCAAGCAGAAUAUUGAGCACCCCAAAAUCUUCAAGGAAAUCUUCUCAUGAUACUUCUGCUAGGACCUUGAAGAAAACUCCUUUACCAGGAACACCCAAGACACCUCGGAAUGCAACUCCUGAAAUACCCAGGCGGAACCAUGCAGCACAGAAACCAGCCAGUAUACUAGAAGAAGCCAGAUUAAGGCUGCACGUUUCUGCUGUCCCAGAAUCUCUACCUUGUCGUGAGGAGGAAUUUCAGGAUAUCUAUAACUUUGUGGAAAGCAAACUUAUUGAUGGUACAGGAGGGUGCAUGUACAUUUCUGGAGUGCCUGGAACAGGGAAGACUGCAACUGUUCAUGAAGUAAUUCGCUGUCUUCAGCAAGCUGCGGAAAAUGAUGAACUGCCAUUGUUUCAGUUUGUAGAGAUCAAUGGCAUGAAGCUGACUGACCCUCACCAAGCUUAUGUGCAGAUACUAGAAUUACUGACGGGUCAGAAGGUGACAGCAACCCAUGCAGCAGUACUAUUGGCAAAACUGUUCAAUACGCCUGGACCAAAGAGGAAGACAACAGUGCUGGUAGUGGAUGAGACUAAUUCUUCUCUAUCUCUGCAGCUUGACCUUCUGUGGACCCGGAAACAGAAUGUGAUGUACAAUUUAUUUGACUGGCCGACUCAAAAGCACUCCAAGUUAAUCAUCUUGGCCAUUGCUAACACCAUGGACUUGCCAGAGAGAAUAAUGAUGAACAGAGUAGCCAGCAGGCUGGGCCUCACCAGAAUGUCCUUUCAGCCCUACACCUACAAGCAGUUACAGCAAAUUGUUUCAUCCAGACUGAAGAGUGUGAAGGCAUUUGAAGAAGAUGCAAUUCAGCUGGUUUCCAGGAAGGUGGCUGCGCUGUCUGGCGAUGCAAGACGUUGCCUCGACAUCUGCAGAAGGGCCACUGAGAUCUGCGAGUUUGCUAGCCAAAAGAGAACCCCUGAAAUAGUCAGGAUGGCCCACGUAACAGAGGCUAUGGAUGAAAUGUUCUCCUCACCGUAUAUAAAUGCAAUCAGGAAUGCCUCAUUGCACGAACAGAUCUUUUUGAAAGCAAUUUUAGCAGAGUUUCGCAGGGCAGGAGUUGAGGAGGCAACAGUUCAAAAGAUCUAUCAUCAACAUGUAGCCUUGUGCAGAAUUGAAGGCAUGCAGAGUCCUACAAUAUCAGAAAUUCUAGCAGUUUGUGGCAGGCUUGGUGCCUGCAGGCUCUUGCUAGUGGAGCCCAGCAGCAAGUACCUCCACAUGCGGGUGCGACUCAACAUCAGCCAGGACGACGUCGUGUAUGCCCUCAAGGUUGAAUAAGGCAAUAGAGAUUUAAGCUUUUUAAUGUGUAUAAAUGGUUUAAAUAUUAUCUAUUUUUAUUUUUUUAAAUAGUUUUUAAAAUGGAAAUA